AUGGGCGUUUGUGCAAGUCGCCGUUGGCCCUCGCUGACCGAAAACUACGAGGUCGAGUCGCCGGAGGUGCUUCUUGGCGAGGGUGCAUGCUCACGAGUGUUUCGUGCGCGAGAGCGUGCCUCUGGGAAGCUGGUUGCUAUCAAACGCUUGGACAAGGCGCAGCAGAGGUUAAUUGAUGAUGACCCUGUCCAGUGGGAGCGCGAGGUGGCACUGCUGCGUCGCUGUGCCUCUCACCCAAAUGUCGUAGCAUUCCUUGACGUGCUGGAGACCCCCGACUUCGUGUACAUCGUCACGGAGCUGGCUGAAGGUGGGGAACUCUUCCAAGCACUCAUUGACGAGGGUGCGUACUCGGAAUGGGACGCUAGACGCUUUGCCACCGAUCUCCUCGAAGCAUUGUGCUUUCUGCAUAGACUCGGCAUCGCACACAGGGACAUCAAACCGGAGAACUUGCUGCUGACGUCUGCCAGCCCGAAGCGUGCGACCAUUAAGCUGGCUGACUUCGGUCUGGCCGCACUUGUUGAAGAGAGCAGUUUGCUUUCCAAUGGUAGAUUAACCUGGGCAUACUGCGCACCCGAGGUCUUCAAACCGACAGAGUCUCAACAGCAGGACUCAGAGGAUGGCUCGCCAGCUAGACCAGCACGGCACUCUGGGGUUGGUGUCCAGAGUGACCUGUGGAGCGUGGGCAUCGUGCUGUACGUGCUGCUCAGUGGAAUUCACCCGUUUGACCCGGAUGGACGUCAGACCCGAGAUCAAAUGAUAAAGAACAUUCAGUCGGGGCAGUUCUCCAUGACCGGGCCGCGCUGGGAUGCGAUAUCCACCGAGGCCAAGGAACUGAUCUCGGCUUUGCUUCAAGUCGCACCGGAAACGCGGCCCACAGCCGCUGAAGCUCUCGCCUACGAAUGGUUCAAGUCUCAGCACACGUCGCGUCUGUCUUUGGCUGUCUCGACUUCGGACAUGGAGGGCCUUGAGCAGUACCGACACCUCAUGCGUCGCAAGUUCCGGUCAAGCGUUAUGGCUGCAGUUGCUGCGGACACACUACGCCGUAGUCUAAACAAAAGUCGCCAAUCUGCUGGGUCGGUUGCUGGGGAUGAAGCGCAGUCUACGGUCGACUCUCCUCCAAAACCACUCGAAAGUUCGAAUCCAAUUGAUGCUACCUCAGCUGACCCUGGCGGUGCCCCUUCAUCGUGCGCGUCUUCGCAUGGUAGCACCUCGGCUACAGUCACUGCUCUAGCCGACCAAGCCAGCGACAAACCUCAUCUGGCACCAAGUCGUUCCGUUCUUAAGCAGAUUUUUCAGCACGAUCCACAGAUAGAGGAGACCAGUGCCGUUGAAGUAGUUGCUGCCAGUGCUGAUGCUGGAAUUUCUGCAGAUGUAGACGACGUCGUCGUCAAUGUGUAG